CUCACGUUCUCCCUCUGGUGGACACAAGGAAUGGUGAUUGGCCCUGGAAGUGCCACGGUGGCCUUACGGCGUUCGUUAGCAUGGUAGUCAGUUUAUCGUCCCUGAAUGUGGAAAGUAAUCGAGUUUAACGCUGAGGAAACAAGUGAAAUAUACAGCACUUAUUUUUCUCUGAAGGUCACUAUAUGAAAUCAACAAUCUGGAUCGCAGCGGCAACAACAGAAAGAAGAUAGAGGAAUUCUCUAAGUCUUCUCGAGAAAAAUUGAUUCAGUCUAAGAACAAGAUGUUCUCCAAAUUCACGUCUAUUCUCCAACAUGCAGUCGAGGCGCUUGCACCAUCACUGCCCUUGCAGGAGGAUUUUGUCUAUCAUUGGAAGGCAAUUACUCACUACUACAUAGAGACUUCAGAUGACAAAGCUCCAGUUACAGACACCAACAUCCCCUCUCACCUGGAACAGAUGCUGGACAUUCUGAUCCAGGAGGAAGGGGAGCAUGACUCUGGAGAGACAGGGCCUUGCAUGGAGUAUCUCCUCCACCACAAAAUCCUUGAGACCCUCUACACCCUGGGCAAGGCUGAUUGCCCUCCAGGAAUGAAGCAGCAGGUGUUGAGCUUCUACACCAAACUGCUGGGCAGGAUCCGCCAGCCCCUCCUGCCCCACAUUAACGUGCACAGGCCUGUGCAGAAACUCAUACGGCUAUGUGGGGAGAUAUUAGCUGCACCUACAGAAAAUGAAGAGAUCCAGUUUCUUUGUAUUGUCUGUGCAAAACUCAAACAGGACCCCUACCUGGUGAACUUUUUCCUGGAGAAUAAGGUCAAACGUGGAGACACGAAAGAGCCAGUGGCAGAGGGGGUGAGGGAUGAUCCGUCAGCCCCAGAUACAGGCCAAACCCCCCCUGGAGCAACAUCGCCCAGCAGUCAGGAGCAGUGUGCAGCAACACCAAGCAACUCUACCCCCAAUAACAAUAAUUACAACCUGGUCAGCUCCCUACUCAACCUGACUAAGAGUCCGGACGGUCGGAUUGUGGUGAAGGCCUGUGAGGGCCUCAUGCUGCUGGUCAGCUUGCCGGAGCCCGCCGCCACCAAGAGCCUGACCGAGAGCACGGAGCUCUGUGAGCUGCUGACCAGUCGUCUGGCCAAUUUCUACCAGGCGCUGCCUCAACCUAUGGACCCACUGGAUAUUGAGACGGUUGAGGCUGUCAACUGGGGAUUGGAUGUUUAUAACCUGAAGGAGGAUGCUGCUAUCUUUGCUGGCAAACGUGCGCUCAUCUCUUUCCUCUCUUGGCUGGACUUCUGUGACCAGCUCAUCAAAGAGGCCCAGAAGUCUGCUGCGGCUGUUUUAGCCAGAGCGGUGAGAGACAGAUUUUUCGUGUCUGUAAUGGAGCCACAGCUUAUGCAAACCUCUGAGGUGGGCAUCCUGACCUCCACUGCCCUGCUCAGCAGGAUCCUGCGGCAGGUGACCUCCGAGGCGCUGCUCCAGGAGACCGCCUUCUUCAUCCUGGGCGAGGACACAGCGCCGGAGACGGCGGCGGGAAUCUCCCAGGUCCCCCUGAGGCACAGACUCAUCGAGCACUGCGACCACCUGUCAGACGAGAUUAGCAUCAUGACCCUGCGGCUGUUCGAGCAGCUGCUGCAGAAGCCCAGCCAGCACAUCCUGCUGAACCUGGUGCUGCGCAGCCUGGAGGAGCGCAACUACGCCGAGCUCAAGCCCCAGGAGGAGCGCGAGCCGCUGGAGAACGGACAGCCGCACGACUCUGUAGAUCUGGAGGAAGACCCACUGUUCUCAGAUCUCUCACCAGAUAACAGACUCUCCAGCCCUGAUUGGCUGAGCUGCUCGCCGCCUCAACAUUCUGACCAUGUAAAGCCUGAUGGGAAGACUGAGGUGCACAAGAUAGUAAACAGUUUUCUCUGUUUGGUCCCGGAUGAGGCCAAAUCCUCCAAUCAGGUAGAAGGCACUGGCUAUGACACCUACCUGAGGGACGCACACAGACAGUUCCGGGACUACUGUGGAGUGUGCCAGCGCUGGGACUGGCGAGGACAGCCCAAGCCCUUUGAGAAGUGCAACCUGGACAGCCCCUUCUUCGAGGGCCACUUCCUCAAGGUCCUCUUCGACAGGAUGGGUCGGAUCUUAGACCAGCCGUACGACGUGAACCUGCAGGUGACGUCGGUGCUGUCCAAGCUGGCUCUGCUGCCCCACCCACACCUGCACGAGUACCUGCUGGACCCGUACAUCAACCUGGCCCCCGGCUGCAGGUCCCUCUUCGCCGUCAUCGUCAGGGUGGUUGGGGACCUUAUGCUGCGAAUUCAGCGCAUCCCAGAUUUCACGCCCAAGCUCUUACUGGUCAGGAAGAGAUUGCUGGGAAUGGAACCCGAGGGGUUGGCCAUUGAUCAUGUGACUCUGCUGGAGGGGGUCAUCGUGCUGGAGGAGUUCUGCAAGGAGCUGGCCGCCAUCGCUUUUGUCAAGUUCCACGCGGCCGCCUCCACCUCGCCGUAACCCUGUGCCCGGGAGCGGCGGCGGCGGACAGGCGCAGGGUCAGGACGCCGGAGACAUAACGAACACUGGACUCCAGUCAAAACCUCUCAGAGGACAAAAAACGCAGGCCCCUCCCAACGCUCGGACACCACCUGUCCACAGACACCCAUUGGACAACACUAGUCCACACUCAUCGACCCCUGGCCGGACCCCACCUCCACUCCCCCAGCUGGGAGAGGAGAGCUACUGAAGCGACCCGUUGCAGGAACUGUCCUGAGGUCCACUGCACCAGGAGGUAAAUCGUAUCGGACCGUGGAGCGGUGCAGAACCCUGAGUACUGUAGCUCUCUCUCCCUCUCGGCUCAUUCAUCACUCUAAACCAUAUGGUGUUCCUCAAUAGUUGUUUAUGCGUAUGCUAUUUAAGUUCUGUUCUGUUCUGGUCUGGUCUGUUCUCUGCACCUACAUCUGUGACGUUAAUGAAUGAGUUUUCAGUGUGACUGUGGCUGACACAGGCAUGGUUGUAAGAGUUAUGCAGUUACUGGCAUAGUUCCUGACACCCUGCAUUAAGCAAGACACUUCCUGGUUUUGUUUACCAUAUCCAUUAAGAUACAAAAAAUAUAUUACUGAACAAAUUGAUUUUUUUCAUCAGGAAAAAAAAAUACAUUCAGCUGAUUGGAAAGGAAAAACUGGCCAAAAAGAGGGGUUUGUGAUUUUAAUUAUUGGUGAAGAGUUUUGGAAGUCUUUUUAUUGACACUUUAGUAACUGAAACAGCCUUCUCUUUAGUACAGUAAUCACACCAAUUCAGCGUUGUCCAUAUUUUAAGACUCCGUUGUGUUGUCAGACCCAAGGCUUUCCGAACUGCGCACAGGCUACCUAGACUGGCACUUGCUACACAGACAAUGCUGUAGCAGUGUCAACAGAACUGCUUAGUCUGAUCAUAUGAGAGGACUCGGCCGUUUUUUUUUCCUGGAUGUCCAAGACAGUGUUUUUAAACCAUUUUAUGGUUACUCUUUUACUCUGCUGCAUACGUAUUUAUGUUGUGUGGAUGGGUGUGUGUGUGCCUUCAACUUGCUAUGUGUAUAGCUCCAUUGCAACUUUUAGUUUUCAAACACAGUUUAUUUAUAAGGUGUCAAUAGACUGGAGUGAAUGAUUUUACGGAACUCACCAGUGCAGUACUAGAAUCAUAGACGUGCUCCAUUUGACAUUGCGUCACACUGAUUAAAAAAAUUCAGGAGUCCACGCAUCUGUUCAUAACAUGUGGAAUUACAACAGAUAAGGGCUGGGUUUCCCAGAUUCGUUAAGAAGCUCUUAACUGCUAAGAACUUCUUAGGAGCAUUGUUAGAGCGUUCUGAUAGCGCUCCUAAGAAGUUCUUAGCACUUAAGAGCUUCUUAGUAAAUCUGGGAAACGCGGCCAUUGAAAGUGACUUGAACCCAGUGACACAAAACCAUGCAUAGAUUCUGGCACUGUGCACCAAAGGGGAAGCGUGCUGAGGCCUUUAGCUUAGUAAAAAAAUGUCUGUAUGCAUCACGUCUUUGACGAGGUGUGAGAGAAGUAACAGGAGGGGUCAGACCCCUGACCAGUCCCUUUUUUGAAUGUGAGUUUUUUUGCACAUGCUAUUGGCUCCUGUUAGUUAGCCCCACCGCCUAAGUCCCCCCCCCCCCCCCCCCCCCCAGCAUGUUCACUGGCACCAGCACGGGGAUGUGGGGCACUGAAGACAAAAUGGCAUGUCAAGACAAGACGGUGUCUUACCUGCUGGAGGACCUGAUGAAAAUGUGUCAAGCAGCACCCCUCUUCCUCUGGGUCGUGAUUUUAAGAGCAAUAGAUUUUAACCCUUCUGUCAACCUUUAACGUGUUAAUUCUGCUCUUAGAUUAAUUAUGAAACCAGAGGUAGGUGAAAACAUCAAGCAUAUGAAAAGACUUUAUAUUCACUUCUGUGCCCCACAGUAAAUUGGACUUGAGUUGAUCGCUUCGAUAUCUGUUGUGAGUAUAAGAUGUGGACAUACGUGUGUAUGAGAGCGUGUGUGCUAGUAAGUGAGCGACAGUGUAAGCAUGGUCAGUGCUUAGUUCCACUGGGUGGGAGACUCAGUCUUAAGGUCAGGUAUUAUAUUAAGGCUUAAGUAAGCUUUGUUUUUGUUUUUUUCAUGUUUUGUUUCUCUUGCUACCAUGUGUCCUGCCUUACAACGUAACUGAGCGCAUCAUGCUUGCAUUUAAAGGCUAAAGAAAUUGCACAUUGUCAUUCUGUUCAUAUGUUUAAAAAAUGUAUAGUACUUUAGGUUUAAUUGUAUUUUCUUCAUGAACCAAAAAGAUGUACCAUUUAAAGAGUGGCUGUCUGUUUUUUGUGAGAAAAAAAAUCCAUCUUUUUUAUUGA